AUGAAUACUACGGCUGCUGGCACUGAUAACAUCGUGGUAACGGUGGACGACAUCGAACGUACUGGAUGCUUCAACAUGGGCAAGGACGCCAGGCUUUAUUACAACUGUGGAGCGGACCAGGAGGAAACGCUCAAGGAGAACACGAGGGCAUAUUCAAGGCUGCGUCUCCGGCCAAGAGUGCUUCGGGACGUGGCGCAGCGGCAAUUGGAGGUAACUCUUUUGGGUGACCAGAUGAUGUCUAUGCCGAUCGGGAUCUCGCCGACGGCCCUCCAGAAAUGGGCGCACACAGACGGAGAAGCUGCCACCGCCAGAGCGAGCCAAGCUGAAGGAACCGUGAUGAUUCUUAGUGUCUACAGCAGCACUUGCAUCGAAGAUGUGAAGAAGGCAGCACCAGAGGGACUUCGCUGGUCCCAGCUGCAGAUGUUCAGGGACAGAGACCUUGUGAGAAACCUCGUGAGACGCGCCGAAGAUGCCGGCUACCGAGCGCUCGUGCUCACAGUAGACAUGCCGGUGGGUGGAAACAAAAUUCCCAGAGCGAAGAAGAGCUACACUACUCCGGAAGGACUCAGGUGCGUUAAAUUCGCUAACUUCCAAGGAAUCUUGGACAGCGGGUACACCGUACCCAACUCGCCGCUUUUCAAGAAGAGGGGACUGACCGACCCUUCGCAAACAUGGGAUGACGUCAGCUGGUUGAUGAGCUUCACCAGGCUACCCGUGGUUCUCAAGGGAAUCACCACCGCCGAAGAUGCUGAGGAAGCCGUUAAGCGAGGGGUUUCAGCGAUAAUUGUCUCGAACCAUGGGGGUCGGCAACUGGAUGGGGUCCCAGCAACAAUAGAAAUCCUCCCCGAGAUUGUAAGGGCAGUCGGUGGUCGCAUCCAGAUCUACGUGGACGGCGGGGUCCGUCACGGCACCGAUGUGAUCAAGGCGCUCGCACUCGGAGCCAAGGCCGUGUUUGUUGGACGUCCGGCGCUCUGGGCUCUUGCAUACAACGGCGAAGCCGGUGUGAGGAAGAUGCUCGCUAUACUAAGAGAGGAGGUGGACCGAGCGCUGGCACUGAUGGGCUGCUCAUCUGUAGACCAACUCUGCCCUGAAAUGGUUGUGCAUCACGGUGACCUAACCAAGCAGGCAAGAUUUGACGGGGGCUGGAAGUGA